AUGGAUCCAAGUGAAUAGAUUUAGACCAAUAAAAAGACUGCUUUUGAAAUACAAACACAAGUAAUAUUGGUUUCCGAGUGCGUCCCUUUCAUUGCGUCUCUUGGUUUCCCACACACUAACAUAAACCUCCCACUAUACCUCUUUCCCCCACUUUUUCUCUCUAAACCCUCACUCACAGCUCCAUCACCACACUCAUCCUCUGUUACAAUCAUAUUUUGCCACCACCGCCACUACACGAUCACCCACCUUCUCAAUCUCUCUUAAUUUACGAAUACAUAAUCAAAUCAUAGCCAUCAUCAGCCACCAUUCUCAAACCACCACUCUUCAAAAACAAUCCCAAAACCUCUAAACUUUCAUUGUUAUUUUCAGCAAGACAUAUCAGACUUCCUUGGUGCUCACCAUUUCUAAUGAAACCCUUGGUUUCCGAUCUGUUUUCGAUAAGGAACACGAGGAAUGGUAUGUUUCAUUGUAGCCUCCUAUUUGCUGUUCUCGGUUUUUGUUGGUAUCUUUUCAUGAGGAGUGGUCAUCAAAAUGGGUUGAUUCAAGGAGACACCGAGACAACCCACGAGUUCAAGUUCCAACCUCAACAGGGAGCCUUUUUUUCGUUUUACUGCAUUUAUAUAUUCAAGAUUCAAACAAGUUUUAGGUUUUCCUGUAUUCGACCACCUAACAUCGGCACCAACUUCGCCCCAUUCAACCACCAAUCGAUGAGUUAUUCCAGAUAUAAAGUAAUAGCUGACUAAGAGGAAAAACAAUUAUGCAUGACCAGGGGUGUCUGUUUUAAUAAGCUUUGUAGAUUCUAGGAGAAAACAGAGGACCGGAUCAAAUGUGGUGGGAAGAUACGAACUCAAAUGGGUAGAUCUGGAAUUUAUGUUUCUUUGUCAUAACACAUUUUGCUUACGGAUU